AGCCUGUCUCGCCCCAUCUCUCUCUCUUCUCCAACGCAACGGUCGAAACACGGCGGCCGCCGAGAUCCCCGCCGCCUCCACCGGAGAGAGCCGGGGCACGCGCGCCUACCCUAGAGAGGGGUGGGUGUGUUGGGUCCGCAGGAGAGCGGAGUGCGCACCUGCUCGUACGACGGCGCAGCCAUCCCGCGCUCCUCGGCUCCCGCUUCGACGCCGACAAGGUCGCCCAUCUCUUCCCGCAGGAAGUACCAGUAGCCGGGCAGACAGAGAAGAUCACCUGAGUAUACUAUAUUGGACCAUGAACUGAAUGAUGCUAGAAAUGAAUUAGCUUCGAUGCUUGGCAAUAUACUAGUUUUUGCCAAGACUACCCCACUAAACGAAAAAAGUUACGUUGUCCGCUGCCGAAUGAAAUGCUAACAGCAAAAAUGGAAAGCUACAGUAGCCACGCCAAGCAUAUAUAACAUUGGGGAGGAAAGCACCCCGCAUCAGGAUCACAUAAAGGAGUUAAAACGAUCAAAAAGGUCAUGUUCCCGAAGUUCACUUCCAGUUUCUUUCUCCAUAAUCUUCUGUUAGUCUUCUCUCAAUCUUCCUCCAUUUCUGCUCCAUCAUCUUGAAUUUCAACUAAUUUCACUUAUUUCUUUUUAACCUUGACCAGGAUUGAAUUUAUGCACUGAAGUUGAAUGAGAUGUUGGUUGACACGCACUCUUUGACUUCAUGAAUGAGGAAUCUUGGUCAUUGCUCUACAACUGCUGGGGCUUCGUUCUUUUUUGAUGGGACAUUUUCACUGAAUCAAACACGGUCUUUGCACCAAGGCGUUCGAGAUAAAAUAAUUUAGUCUGGCAAACAGCGGAUAUUUCAUUUCGUCUGCUCAAAACUGUCCCAAAUUGCCUACCAGCAGACUCCAUCAGAUCCUCUCCCCUUCCGUGCAGCAAAUCUGACAUGGGCGUAUCAACUGCCAACUGCCAACUGCCAACUGUCUACUGUCAACUCCUUUCAGGCAGUUGCACUAGUGAAUCAAAAACCAAAACAGGCCCGGCCGGGAUGCCUCGACAGGAGAGGCAUUAAUGAGACACGAGCUGCUCACUUAAAUGAUGAGAUCCAGACACCUCAUAGCACAAAGAAAAAACAUAAAUCAAUGGACCUGUCACAUACUGGCGUGCUGCUCUGAUCCACAGACAGGCCCAUGGAGACUCUCCUCUGCAUCUAAUACAAACCUGAGGCUUGUGUUUUCAGCGUGCACCUUGUUCAGGCAGGCCCAUGGAGAUCCGGACCAAGGACAACGCAUGGCGCCUGCUGCUCGUGCUCUUCCUCGGCCAGCUCGUGGCCUUCUCCAUGGCAGCCUGCAGCUUCGCCUCCUCUUUCAUUGCCAAUCUCGGAGUUGAUGCACCACUUGCGCAAUCAUUCUGCACACAUCUCCUGUUGACCUUAGUUUAUGUGCCAAUCCUCUUGCAUCGACGACACAAGCUGCGGAUACCUUGGUAUUGGUACUUAGUGCUGGCCUUCGUCGAUGUCCAGGGAAAUUAUCUGGUUACUGAGGCGUACCAGUACUCAUCCAUCACCAGCGUAACAUUGUUGGAUUGCUGGACUGUUGUAUGGGCUAUCAUACUCACCUGGUACGCACUAGGCACGAGAUAUUCUUUCUGGCAAUUUCUGGGGGCAGGGACCUGUGUGGCUGGGCUAGCACUUGUGCUCCUUUCAGAUGCAAAAACUCCAGAUGCGCAAGAUCCAAAUAAAAUACCACUUCUAGGGGAUGCCCUUGUUAUUGCCGGGACAGUUUGCUAUGCAUUUAGCAAUGUCGGGGAGGAAUACUGUGUCAAGAAGAACGACAGAGUAGAAGUUGUCGCAAUGCUUGGACUAUUUGGGGUGCUUGUCAGUACAAUUCAGAUACUUAUAUACGAAAGGAAGAGCGUAGAAGCAAUUGUCUGGUCUCCAACAAUGAUAAGUUUGUUUGCAGGAUACGGCAUUGCAGGAUUUAUGUUCUACACCAUUACUCCAUUUGUCCUCAAGAUGAGUGGAGCAACAUUGCUUAACCUCUCGCUCUUAACAUCUGACAUGUGGGCAGUCGCCAUUCGAGUAUUUUUCUAUCGGCAACAGAUAAACUGGUUGUACUAUCUAGCAUUCGCAGUUGUGGCCAUUGGAUUGAUCAUCUACUCACUGAAUGAGAAUUCUUCGGCUGAUGCAACAGCUACAAGUACAGAAGCAGCCGCUCACUAUCAACAACUUCCAAGUGAGGAGAGCUCAAUAGGAAGUGGUUCCAAUUUGGACAGAAAAGAAAGGAAGCAACAAGAAGCUCACAUCUGUUAAGGGAGCCAAUGUACAAAGUCAUCUCCACAGUUGCAACAGCAAAUUUCUGAUUGAGCCUGUGCUGCCACAUCCUUGCAAGGGCAGCUGCUCAGGAGAAGCAACAUAGACUUCGUGCCAUGCCAUUUGCGUGUUCAUAAGAAAGUGUCUAUGUCUUGGUCGACCGAGAAUUAACUAAUUCUCAGUUGAUUUUACAAAUUUGUGCAUACAAAUCUAAUACAAUGUUUACCAUGAUAUAACAAUUUAUGCAUCUCGUGCAAUCAUGCUCUCAUAGUUUAGAGAUA